AUGUUCGAGAUGGACUCCGAGCCACCAUCAGCACCACAAGCCAUCGCCUUGCAUCAACAAAAUCCAUACCACAUCUUGGAGGGUAUCGUUGAGCCUAGCACACAGGUGGAGAUUGAGCUACAUGAGAGGGCCAUGAAGCACGUGAGAGAGAUCGGGGAGGAGAGGAAGAGGAGCAGCUUGAAGAGGAGGCUGAUGAUGAGGCUCAGGAAAGACGGCUACCAUGCGUCCCUCUGCAGGUCUUCUGCAGGCGACUACGAGUACAUCGACGUCGUCGUGGCGACGGAGCACGGCGCGGGCGCGGCCACCUCCUCCAGCAGCAGCUCCAGGCUCGUCGUGGACAUCGACUUCAGGUCCCAGUUCCAGCUCGCCAGGCCGGCCCCAUGGUACGCGCAGCUCUGGGCCCGGCUGCCGGCGGUGUUCGUGGGCCCCCGCGCGAAGCUCCGGAAGGCGGUGUCCCUGCUCUGCGCGGAGGCGCAGCGGUCGCUGCGGGAGAGCGGCCUGCACGUCCCGCCGUGGCGGAGGUCAGGGUACAUGCAAACCAAGUGGCUCCCCGGCGACGUGACGCUGCACGGCGGGGCCCCGGAGGAGGUGGCGGCAGCACAGUGGUCGGUGGCGAUGGCGAGGGAGAGGGAGCCGCGCGGCGGGCCCCGGAGGCCCGGCGCGGGCGGCCUCUCGAUGGCGAUGGCGCUGUCCGGCUCCGGCGCUGACCGCUGA